GACCGGCCUCGGCAACGCGCGCAGGACGCCGGGCUGGGCGACUGAGGGGUGCAGGGAAGGGAGCCGCCAGGAGCCUGCUUGGGCGGGAAGAGGAGCGCAGGCCGCGGAGGAGAAGGAUGGAAGCGAGACCCCGCUGAGACCAGCGCGGGGCCACUGGCCGGGAUCAACAUGUGUCUGCGCAUAGGUAGCCUGAAUGUGGAUGAGUUCCGGAAGGUGCUGAUGAAGACGGGUCUGGUGCUGGUUGUGCUGGGUCACGUGAGCUUCAUUGCAGCCGCCGUGCUCCAUGGUACCAUGCUUCGCUUCGUAGCCACCACCAGUGACGCUGUGGUUCUACAGUACUGCGCAGUGGACAUCCUCUCUGUCACCUCUGCCAUUGUGGUCAUUGUUGCAGGAAUUUCGACCAUCGUCUUGUCACGCUACCUCCCCAGCACCCCCUUGCGCUGGACCGUGUUUAGCUUGAGUGUGGCCUGUGCUCUUCUCUCUCUGACCUGUGCCCUUGGACUCCUGGCCUCCAUUGCAGUGACCUUCGCCACCAAGGGUAGAGCACUAUUGGCGGCCUGUACUUUUGAGAACCCUGAACUCCCAACACUGGCACCUGACUGUCCUUUUGACCCUACUCGAAUUUAUAGCUCUAGCCUGUGCCUCUGGGCCAUCUCUCUCAUAUUCUGUCUGGCGGAGAGUAUGUCUGCCGUGCGCUGCGCCCAGCUCAUGCAUGGACUACUGGAACUAAGGCCCUGGUGGGGGAAGAGCUGCCACCACACGAAGCCCUUCCUUCUUCCAAUUUGAGGGUGUCCUGAAGAUAGAGACCCCAGGCAGAGGGAAACAACCAAGUUCCUGUGUCUGCAGAUACAAGCAAGCCCAGAGCCCCUGGAUGCUCAUGACCUAUUGAGCUGCGCCAGUUCUUGCAGCUGACCCUCUGACACUUCAGCAGCGCCAUGGCUACUGAGGCACGUGACCACACCUGUAUUGACCCGUGCCCAACCAGCCAUGGAAGUUUAGUGGGAUCCAGGAUUCCUAGAGCACGCCCAUGAAAAGUCAAUGGACUACUGGGGACGUGGGAGAGGGCUUUGAGCGCCCUCCCCUGGCCACCGAGUACAAUGCACUGAAACAAGACUUUAUUUUGAAGUUAUUAAAAAGAACCAAGAUGC